AUGGAGGGUACCAGCGGGGACGAGUUUACUCCAAGUGUGGAGGAACCACCGCCGGUGGUUCCGAUCUUCCCGGAUGGGGCACCCGAUAUCCCCAUUGUAGAGGACGAUCCGGCUGUGAGCCCGGGGCCGAGGCCGAGGUCGCCUUCGCUUCCCAGUGCAAACUACAGCUUGCCAGAGGAAUCCCCGAUUCCAGCAUCUCCUUCCCCGGCGAGGAUCACGAGCAGUUCGGGCACGAUUCCGGAAGUUGCUCCUUCUACCCCUUGGGGAAUUGGUGCCAAUAGAGGGUCGUUGCGCCCGCCGGUGGGUGGACCGACGAACGAAGAGCAGCUCAUCAUUCGGAGCCUGCGUUUCGAAGCCGAGCGGCGCUGGCGAGAGUCUGCGGCCGCAGGUUUUAUCAGUCCACGUGUGGAUCCAUCGGAGCCCCUUCCUCUUUUGAGUCAUGUUCUCGGUGUUCCUCCUGUGAGUUCCAUGUGGGAUUCGAUCAGUGCCGCGGUGACGGUUCCAGGACAUGUGGUCCGGGCGCUGGGCGACCCAGCGGUGGAUAUUGGAGCCGGGCCGAUUGGGACGCCGGGUCUUGCAGCCCCUUCCGAAUGGGAGCCUCCUACGCCGGUUAUCCGGCAGGUUUCGACGGCCAGGUACCCAGAGAAGGAGGCUGUUCGGCCUUUGAUGGUCGAUGCGUCGGUCCAGACGCAAAGUGGAUUGGACGAUUGGGAAAGGUGGCUGGAUCGAACAUUGCAGGGGAAGUCUUUGGAGGAGUUUGGGCUGUGUGGCCGGGACCUCAAGUUUGCGUUGGAGCUCCUCGAUCAGCAUCCUCCGCCACCUCGUUCGGCCAAAGCUGCUUGGAAGAGCAGGCAUGCUCAGGCCGAUCCCUGCCCUCGAGGAGUGUUUCCCUUGGAGGUUUCUUGUGCUUGGAAGGUUUUGGAAGCAGCGCUCUACAAGCACAUGAGCGAGGUGCAUCGGAAGCAAGAGGAGAAAGCCUCUCGUGCCGAGAUGCGGGCUGCUAUUCGGUCCUCUCAGCCGAAGGUGGCGCCUGGUCCGCCAAAGUUGCCGAGCUCCUCGGCAUCUUCAUCGAGCGAAGAACUGGAGCUGCAACGUGGAGAGUUGGAGGCCCUUGGAAGGGUCAAAGGGACCAAAGAAUCCUUCGAUCGCCAGGUUUGGGCCACUAUGGAGAGUAUGGUCGGGUUCAGUUUGGCCGGGAUGGCCAACUACGUCCCCGCUCCUGCGGGGGAAGGAGGUCCAGCUCCGAAGAGCCCCGGCGCGGCAUCCUCGAGUUCUUUGGCGCCAGGGCAGCUAGUGGCAAAUCAUUUUCAUUUGCCAAUGGUGCCGCCGCCGGUGAACCUUGCAAAGAAUGCAGAGAUCUUAAAGGAGCUUGGGGUGCCAACGCCGCCAGCCGUCCCACCUCGAUCGAGGCUACCCACACCGCCUCGUGCCAAGGAGGUUCCAAGUGCGGCGGCUCCCGUUGCAACGGGGCAAACCUCGAAGGAAAGGGCUUUUACUUUGAGCUCUCCGACCGCUCCUGUGGAGCACUCCUACGAGGCUACUGCAGAGGGGGCUCAGUUUUCCGAAGUCGCCUCCCAAGCAUGCCAGGUGAUCGAAGAAGGGCAACGGCUUUUGGAAGAGCCGCCUUUGGAGUAG